AUGGGCGAAAAUUUCCUCCGAAAUCAAUCUGUCCUACCAUCUGCAUCAAACAGAACCAACGCCUUUGUCGCGUUCACGAUUGUAACUAGAGUGGACAUGUUUGGGCUCUCCUCCAAAUCAGAGACCAAUGCACCCGAUACUUCUCCCAAUCCAUCUCCUCAAGCGUCAUUUGAGGUUGAAAAAAACGGGCUAUAUAUGUUACUAUGGAACACAGGCGUUUCUAAUAAGUACCACUGGGGUCUAUUUGUUGCGUUAGAUCAGGAAAGCGGCAUCGUUUUCCAUCAGACCUUGCUUGGGCUGAAAUGGAAAUACACUGCCGAACCCAGAAACGUUUCAAAUUCGCGUAGCCUGCUUGUUGCGCUGAAACUCGGAGUUGUCGAAGGUGUUGACGAUCAGUGGAUGGCUGCGAUCAAGGAUAUUAUCCGCCAGACCGAAGUCACUGGGGAGUUUACUUGCCGCACCUGGGCUCUGGCCGCACUUUACAACCUUGCUGAUGGGGGCUUCAUUGGGCUGUUGCCUCAGUGGGAUGACAUUCAAAAAAUCGAACAAGAAGCGAAAGACAUAGCACAAUACUGCUAUUAUGGAAGAGUCAAGGUUGUUAGAAAGAGUGACUUAAGCAAGCCCUAA